GCAUAAUUUAUUUUAUAAAUUAAGUUAAUAAAUCUGUUUCCACUUUUACUUCAUCUAUAUACAUUUAAUCCAUUUGUUUAACUGUAUAUUUUUAUUAUUACUAAUUUAAUGGCUUAUUUUAUUGCUCAGUCCCAUAGAAUACGUUAAUUAUUUGUGUUGUAAAUUUUAGAGUUUCAACGGCUGUAUUGAAAUAUUUAGCUCAAGAAAUCAGUGAUACUUUUGAUGAAAGACCAGGAAUUUAUUAUUCUCCAGGAAUCACCGACGGAAUUAAAAAAAUUAAUCCCACUGGUAAAUUGCAGAACCAAGUGAGUUACGCUAGAAAACAAUUAAUCGAAUCUGGAUUAUUAGUUAGUAAUAAACAAAACUUGUCAGUUUCGGAGGAGCCACGAAAUAAGUUUAAAUUCUCUACAGAUCUUUAGAAAUGAUGUUGAUAUUAAAUUUUCUGAUUGUAGCCACGGAAGCUUCAGCAGAGAGCCUGAAAAUCCUUCAGUGUGCUAAAGGCGAUGAUUGGAAUUCAGUAAAAAAAGCUUGGGAAGAUGCUUUCGUAAUCCGAAAACAACUGAAAUCAGAUAGGCAAGAUAAACUUGUUGAAUUUGAUAUUUUUCCUUGUAUGUCUGAUCAAAGAGCUGAUGAAUUAAUUCAUACUGAUUUUGAGUACCAGUUUGGUAAUGCUAAAUCAUUAAGGGAAUCUUGGACUGCAUUACGGAGUAGCUUAGAAAGUUUCAUUGCAUCAAAAAGAACAGAUAAUUUUAAUUUGGCAGAAUCGCUACAAAAUCUAUUAGAAUUACCAGAUGGUUCGUUGAAAUUUUAUAAUUUUGAAUACAAAAUUAUUUUUGACUAAAUUAAUUUAAUAUUCUAUCAUUUUAGCAAAUGAAGAUGCUAUCAUUCUUUCGUUAUUAUUAGAUGCGAUUAGAUCAAACAUU